AUGUCGCUUGGUCAAUUAUCCUCAAACAUCGUCCACCAUGUAUUCUCGACGGUAAAUGGUGCGUUUGCAUGGCCACCAUCAUCGAAAGUAGCCGGCACUGCUUUCUUCACUGCCGCUCAGGUUCUGGCGUUCUACCUAUUUGCAACAGUGGACAAUUUCAGCUUUCCGGUAACUACAAGCUACCUUUCCCUACGCGCGCGCGUCCAAGUAGAGAACCCGGACAUCCAGCUCCUUGAACAGAUAUUUUUCAACGCGUUGAUCAAACCCACGCUUCAGUUCGGCUAUCAACUAUUUAGAUCCGUCAAAGAUCUUGUUUUCAAUGAUUUUGACCAAGAGAGCACAGAGAGAAUCGACGAACUCUUGUCGUUUGACCUUGGCCAGAUCACAGGUGCAGGGUUUGUCGAAGGGCCACGGCAUGGUGCGGCGCUGCAAUGGCUCUGUCCGGACGGCUUGUUCUGGCGUUGGGAGGCCAAAGGCAAGAGGCUGUUUUUUGAUAUUAAAAUCAAUAACCGCCCCGGGAAUCACCUUCGAGUGAUUUUUCGUGAAGGACCGGACGAGAGAUUCGACAACUGA